AUGCGUAUAAAACUUGCCUUUGAAGAAAGCUUCGGCAGAACACGCUGUUGGUAUCCGAUUAGUGAAUAUCAAAAAAGAAAUAGCAUAAAGGAUUUGAUCAAAACUAUUUCAAAUGAAUUUAAAUUGUCCUAUAAGGAUGGAAUCGAAUUAGAAUUGGAUGGAUUUGCACUUUUACCGAGAGCUGAAGUUGAGCUAACGAUACGAGAUGGUGAUAUGAUCAGAGUGAAGCCAUACAUCUCAGGUUCUAAAGGUUCGAUGAAAAGGCCAUUUAAAUCGGAUUCGAAUAGCAUGAAGGCUAGCUCAAAUCAACACGUUACGCGAUCUGUCACCAGUAAUCAUGUUAAUAGAACGAGUGAAGAUGAUACUUCUUCUUCGUCGGAGUCUGAUGAUUCAUCAUCUGAGAAAAUUACAAAAAAAUCAAAGACUUCUCAUGAGAAUGGAUUGGUAAAAGAACAAAAAAUUCGUGAUCGGAUCGAUUCUUCGCCGGACGAGGAUGAAGACAGUGACUCCAGCUCUAAUGAAUCUUCUGAUAAUGAGGAUAACGAAAAAGAUUCUUUUAUUAUUGAUGACAGCGACAGUUCUAAAUCCUCCGUUACUCCCGGUGGGAAAGCGGAAGGUGGCCUGAAUGAUAAUGACGAUAGAAGUGAUGGUCCUGAUGCAGAAAAAAAAUUAUCAAAUUCCGUAGAUAAUUCCGGUGCAUCUCCAAAAAAGACAUUAGGCCAAAACACAAAUGAUCACUCAGAGAAAAGAGCUACACCCUUAAAUCAUAGUAACGAGCAGCGAAGAGAGUUGAAUGAAAAGGUUAAUAAAAGAACUAAGGCAAGGAAUCGCAGAAAAAGGGUUUUAAAAAAUCGAUCCAAAAAAUUCAGUGAAGUGGUGUUCUCUUAUAGAGAAAAUAAAAAUUCGAAUAAUAAUGAAACUUUAAUAUCAUCCUUGGUAAAUAAAAAUCAGGAUAACGUUCCUCGGGUUCAAGAGUUUGACGAGCCUAUUAAUACUCCAUCAGAAUCACAACUUAAACUGAAAGAUAGCGUCUCUCAUGCUACACGAAAGACUCUUGAACAAAUGAAAUUGAAACCUCCAUUGUCCCUUUCAUCAACUUCUAAUAAAAGGAAAGGAUACUAUCAAGGAAUACGUAAUAUAAAACCUACACAUGUUAGAUUUGAAGAUAACGAUAAAGGAGACAAUGCGUUAAAGGAAUAUUCUAACUUGAAUAUGUCUCCUCAGGUGCUUAUUAAUAAUGAUGCGGAAGUUUCUAAAACUUAUGUUGAUGAUACUAAUGAACCAAUGCCUGAAGACCAACUUCCCUCUCCUCGUGCUAUCAUCACAAGGGUAGACAUAAUUCGUCCACAAAAUGGUCUUAAUAACAGUCAACGGUACAGUAAUAAUUUACGAAAAAAAUCAAGGAAGGCAGGAAUAAACAAACAAAAGAAUAAUGCUUAUUAUUUGGACGACACACACAUUAAUGAUCAGGAUGGUGAACCGAUGCAGAUUGACGUAAAUACUUCUACAACCUCAAACAAAAAAGUAGUAACAAAUAACAUUAAUUGUGGACCAGAUUAUGAUCAAAUGGAAGAUUAUAAAGAGCGACCUACUGUUAAUGAUAUAAUUGCUUAUAAGGUUAUUGAAUUGUCAUCAACUACUUGGACACCCGAGUUUUCGGAGUAUAGAGAGGCAAAAAUUAUAGAUUACGAUCCUAUUUCACAUCAAACCAUUCUUAAACAUCAAAACUUAGAUCAGCAUCGUAAAGAAGAAAUAAGUUCAGAUCAAGUGAAUUCUUCUCAUAAUAAGUUUCAAAUUGUAGAUAUGGAUGAUGAAUUUACGGUUGAAGGGCAAGAACCAACACCAGAAUUACUUAAUAUUAAUUGGAAUGAUUUGCAUUCAAUUAAAAGGUUAUAG